AACGUUUUCACAUUUCUGGUUUUUGGCAUAAAUGAUUUAGUAGAGUCUCGACAAAAAGGCUGAUGGACAGCACAAAGAACCUGCUGUGGUACGACCAUUACAAGGGGGCCGUGUAUCCCCUCGAUUUAAGUGUUCACCCAGAUUCAGUACGAAUACAGAAACUUGGCCAAGCCAGCUGUAUUGGUUCAACCAGCAAAAACAUUCCGUCCCUAGUACACAUUUGUUCAAACUUCAUUGUUCGAGAUUCCACACUGACAAAAAAAGCUAUAUCUAUAGUGCCAACCACACUUUUGCUUCCACUGAUCCAGGAAGCAUUGCUAAGUAACAAAGAUAGAGCAUUAAAUGUGCUGAUUUCUCAUUGGUCAGCUGAGACACUGUCAUUGAAAAAUCUUGUUCCAAGUAUUUUUUCCUCGAUUUUGCCACUGUACGAUUCUGAAUAUUUAUCAAACAUUGUGAGAAGAGGUGUGAUGUGUACCACAAACUUGGCACAUGGAGUGAUCCACAUGCUGCAACAAAAGACGUCAACGUCCAAGUUGAAAUAUCUUGAUUUGACUGGUUACCCAACAGCUGAAGUUAUGCUGGAGUAUAUCACAAGUAGCUGCAUGCUAGCACACAGCGAGCAGGCACUGGUGGAACGAAUCAACAAGGUGAUGGAGUAUUCGGCUAGGUCCUCUCAGUCCUAUGACUUUCAUAACAUCAGUUAUGUUCUACCACAGGAUUCAUGUUUGCUUAUAAAACUUGAUGCAUUUGUGACUUCAUGGUCUUGCUACUCUGCCCUGUGCAAGGCUCUUAAGGUGUCCACGUUUGAGAACAGGAAUUUACGCUUGUGCAUUCAGCGACUUGGUGUAACAUGCCUCGGUCAGUCUGCCAUUGGGCUUCUGCUGAAGCAACUGGACUCAGAGCAUCUUCUUGGAUUGCAAGUCAAAUACAACUCACUGAAUCGUGACGAGUUUGUAAAACUGGCGCCGGUUCUGAAAACCCUCACUAAUCUCACUGCUCUGGAUCUCUCCUGCAAUUGCAUCUACUUCUGGGAUAGCGAGAUCACAUGUCUAGCUGCUGCAGAUGUCUUUGGGAGCUUGCGCAAUCUAAUCCGUCUAGAUCUGAGCAACAGCAGAAUCAAAACCAAGCUCCGUCGAAUAUUGGCCGACAUCCACCAGCCAUUGCAGUAUCUCCGACUGGCUGGCUGCACUUUAACAGUUUCCGACAUAACGUAUCUGUCACUGUCUCAUCAUACGGCUGGCCUCAGAGAACUCAUCUUGAGUGAAAACAAUCUGGGACCAGCAGCACGGAAUCUCUGUCACCUUUUAACCUCCUGUGCGUCAAAUUUGAACAUUUUGGAACUGCAAGAGUGUGGUCUUUCAGACAGUCAUUUACGUCAGCUGCAAGACUGCUUUUCACAGCUCGAGGCCCUCCUGUAUUUAAACUAUGCAGACAAUAUUGUUUCUUUGGAAGAUGGGAAGAAUUUAACACAUACUUUAGCUAGGUUACAUGAAAUGCAAGUGUUGAGGUUUUCAUUCCCAGUUGAGUUGUAUGGAGUUGAGGAAGGGGAUUCAGAGAGAUGGAAAACAACAUUCAGUAAAAUGCUAGCAGAGAUUGUUUGUGAAGAAUGUGACAAAGUUGGAAAAUCAAAACCUCUUCGACUUGUUCUGUCUGAACUGGAACCUGCCAUUCAACCCAUGGAGGUUAAUUAAUAAUUCAAAAUGUUCAUGAACAUCUGUGAAAAGUAAUAAUCAAGUGAAAAACAAUGAGAAAAAAUUGGACAAACAUUCAGGGGGAUUUUAUGUUGUUUUUACCAUGAGAUUUGUGUUCAUUAUAUAGUUCUGCAGAUUAAGAGUGUGGUUCCAAUAUGAUAUAAAUAUUAAAAUAACCAAUUUAUUUUUGUCUCACCUGACAGUCAAAUGAUGAGAUAUAGGUAUUAGUUUUCCGAUGGCAAUGCCGACAGCAUUAACUUGCAUUUAGCUCCAAGGUUAAAUUUUUGUGUCUGUCACGACCUAUAAGUUGUAGAUCGAUAAAACUUGGUGCUAGUUGCAUAUAUGAAUGUUCAUCUCAUUGCACAUUAUUUUUUUUAUUGAAACAAAAUUAAUAGCAUUAAAAUAAAGGUUUUUUUUAAGUAAUUUUUUUUGCUACAUCACAAAUUAUUUAAUUUUUCACUGAAUCAGUUUAUGAUAGGCAAGACAUUUAAUUUGACAGUUAUAGUUUAUUUAAAUGAUUACAUCACCCAACAGUUUAUCAACAUCAGCAUCAUGUCAUGUGAGUUGUUUGUAUACCUUUGUUUUAAAGUAUUUCAAACACCAUACUUGUUCAGCAAAAUGAAAUUUAAAACCAAAUAAUUCGUGUUUGUCAUACAAAAAGACAGUACAUACAUAAAUAUAUAUAAUCCCACAAAAUACAGAAGGGCCUAAUUCACAAAACUAUCUUAAGCGACAUUGCACAAUCCUUGUAAGAACUUUUGCACUGCACUGCCACUGCACUGUAGAUCGCAAAUUUGUGAGAGUUUAGUGAAUUAGACCCCAGGUAAUCUAUAGGGUAUGACAGCUUUUACUAUUGGCUGUGCUCAUGGCAGGUACCAUCAAUAUGGCAGGAUGUGCUUAUAUUUUGUUAACCUUAUAUCAUAGAGGUUUCUUUUUUCACAGUGAUUCAUCAGUGAGUGCCAUUACAACAAUCUAUGAACAUAUUAAUCCAUGAAGCUUUGCCUUGUGCAGGUCUAGACUUCCCAAAACGGUUGAGUGUCGGUCCUCCUGUCUUGGGCCAUUUCAUAUAAGUUCUUUUUGUCCCAUUUGGAACACUUGCUAUUGCAUGUAGUUUUAAACCUAAAACAAUGAUUCAAACUUGUGUUACACAGUGUAAUUUAGUAAUUAUUCCUAUCAGGCCCAAUGCUGUACAUAUUAUACAGCUUUUUAUCUCAGCAAAUUAGUUCUAUCUUCAAUAAUUUGCUCCAAAUAGGACAAAAGAAGACCCUUACAUGUAUAUGAAAACGGCCUCCUUUUGGGGAGUGACAGUCUAAUAUUAAAAAUGAUCAUUCUUAAUGUUUGGUUGUCUGUUGUAUUGUAAUAAAAUAUAUGCCUUACAGCACCUAUCAUGGUAAGUCGAUUUUAAUUAAACUAAUAAAGAACUGGGUGUAUGACAGUAUUGAAUGUAAAUUAAUGGUACUUUGUCCUCAAAAUAAUGUUUUUUAUUUUAAAAUUCAAGCCAGAAAAACCUGGAAAAUCAAGGUUUCAAUUCAAAGUCAGGGAAAAUGAAUUGCACAUUUUAAUUGAUUUAUUCCUAGAAAGACUUUCCAUCUACUGACUUUCUGGACUGGGGUUGUCUUUAUGAGAUUACAAUGAAUGUUUUCUGACGGAUGUGAUCAGUUAUACUUGAUUAACUUUCCAAAUUCAUUGUAACUGUUAUUGUGGAUCCUAUUUUGCCUCAAAUAGAUUACUAUCAAAACUGUUAUUAAAAUAUUGACAUUA